GGAAUAAUAAAAGUUGGGUUUAUCCGACGCGCCUCAAAGAAGUGUGUGUGAGCUGCCUCCUUCUGCUGUGUGCACAUUUCAACGGUGGUGGUGCAAUAAUAGCCAGCUGCGCGCGGAGUGUGUGUAAGUGUGUGCAUGCCGCCGCUGGUUGUCUUCACUCCGACUUCACUGUAGACAACACAGGCGGGUCUGUGUGUCCGUGCUUUCCGGAAGAGAGGGUGUGACACAUGGGACACAUCUCGGGUCAGCUGCUGAUCCUGCUUCUCGUUUGCACAGAAAGCAGCAUGGAAGCCUCUCUGCGGGUGUGUGUGUAUAAUCGGCUGUGAGUGGAGAGGAUCAAACAGGCGGGACACCCCUGUCUCCGGAUCCCUUUCACUGGAACGCGCUCACACACGCCCGACCUCUCGUUUGGCUCCGGUGGGAGGGUGAGCAUUGCGACCGGAGGCCGGCCCAGGUCACGUUGAUGCUGGUGGGCGCUCCCCGGUACUGUCCCAGCCACCUGCUCCAGCGCUGCCCCCACCUCCCGGCCCACCCACCAUGGCUACGAGCAGUGACCCUGGCCGUGAGCGGCUGGACCCCGACUCUGACAAACAGACCAGCAGUCUCACCGACAUCAUGAGUGCCAUGACCACAAGAGACUCUGAUGGCUCUGCUCCCAACGGCGUCAGGAACGGCGUGGCUCAGCAGGAGGGGGCUCAGGCCAAGAGGACCCAUGCUUUGCGACCUUACUUGACCGGAAGGAAGUUAUCGCUGCAGGAGAGAGGCACCUACAUGUCGUCAAGAGGAGGGUACACGCACAUUUCCCCUCGUGUGGCUCGCAGGCCAUGCGUGGAGUCCAAACGUGUGUCCAUAUCAGACGCCCAGGUAAGGAAGUGA